GAGAAUACGAAAGCCGUAAUAGGCGAGAUAUCGAAUAUGCUACAAAUAAUUUUUAACCAUUUAUUCUUAAAAUUUUACUUAGGCAAGUGGGAGCGUAACAUUUCCCUUAUUCAAAGUAAGGCUUUCCAUCGAUGUAACUAACUCACCAGUUGAAGAUUUAUCUAGGGUUUAAAUCAAAUCUAAAGUUUCCCAAUUUUCAGAACUCUGGAUUUAGAAUUUCUCCAAAUCUCCAAUCCUAAUUCCCUUAUUUCUUCCUCAAAUGCUUGCAUCCGUUCUUCAACCGCAAUAAAAGAAGGUAAGUUUUCAGCCUUCAAUUCUCUCUGUUCUUUUCUAUUGAUAUGAAGAGCAAUUGAACAUGAAAGAUGGUGGUUUCGAGAAUAAAAAAGAACUAGAAAAUUCGAAAAAUCAAUCAAAGUCUUCCAAAUUCUAUAUCAAAAGUGAUGACUUUGCCCUUGCAAUCGCGAAGGUUGCCGUUGCACAAGUAUGCGAAAGCGUCGGGUUUCAGAGUUUCCAAUUUGGUACAUUUAUAACCUAGGGAAAACUUCGAAUUUUAAUGCUAAUUUGGCCGGGAGAGUGGAAGCGAAUGUGUUUGAUGUUAUUCAAGGGUUGGAAGAGUUAGAAUCAGGUUUAGGAUUUGCUGGUGCAUCUGAUGUUAAUCGUUGUGUUGCCAAUUUGGGGAUUGUUAGGGAUAUUGUUCACUUUUUCGGUGAUGGGGGUGAUAUAACAUUUGCUUAUGAAGUUCCGUGGUUUCCGGUUGUUAAAGAGUGGAAGAGAAUUGGGAGUUUUUGGGAAAAAGGGGAAGACCCUCAUGGGGAGCAUAUUCCUAGUUGGUUGCCAGCCUUUCCUGAUCCUGAUACUUAUGCUACUCAAUCGAGUGUAGGGAAUGGUACAAUGAGUGCUUCCAAUGAAGUGAAGAAUGGGAGGGUUGAGAGGAAGAUAGAGCGACCAUUGCUGAAUUUUCAGCAGCAAUUUGCUCAUAAUGGUAACGAAGGGGGUUCUUCUCAUGUUGGUGGAGGUAAGGGUAAAGCAAAGGAAGCUUCUAAUAGCAAUCCUUAUCUUGCUGCACCUCUGCACUUUGGGGAAAAAGAAGUACAUGUAUCACCAGUUCUUCUUCCGGCUAAGCUUUCAAAUGAAGUGAAUUUGAGAAACCUUGUUCCAGAAAAUUGUUUUGUAGGAAAUCAAGUUUCUGUGCUGGAGACAUUUGCUCCUGCUAUUGAAGCAAUGAAGAGUGGGAUAUGUGAAUAUGGCAAUGGACAGAAAAAUGUCCUUUAUAGCCAGAGGCCUAUGGUGCAUUUUAAAAUUGGAAUUGGAAAGAAGCCUUUAGGCACUGCACCAGAUUUCAAUUCCAAGAACAAGGAUCUUGAGAAGAUCGUUUGAAAAUGAUAAUGAAAAGGAAGACAGGAAGAGAAGAGCAGAAAAAAUUCUGAAAGAAUCUAUAGAAUUCUCUCACGAACUAGGUCAGUUGUAGCUUUAAAAUAGGUUUGUUACCAUUCUCUGUUGACUUUCCAAAGCUGGAUAAGUCUCCUACUUUGGCAACUUUCUUGAGUAUGCUCGGAAAGUAGCCAGGAUAGAAAUUUGUGAGGGCAUGAAUUUUUUUUUAAUUGAAAUUCUUGUUUCUUCUUUUGUUGUCUUAAA